AUGGCUUCUUCAACUCUAACACCUCUUAUAUUUUACAUCUUCAUUAUUCUCCACCUUCAAGCUUCUAAAGCCAAACAAACAAUAUGCAACACCUUAUCAUGCGGUGAUAUUGAUAUCACUUUUCCUUUUGGUUUAAAACAAAGUACUAAUCAAAUUCAAAAUCCUUAUUGUAGCUAUUAUCCAAAUCCUUCUUUCCAACUUUCAUGCAACAAACAAACACAAACAAUCCUUAACCUCCCCAAAACAGACAACUUAAUCAUCAACAACAUCGAUUACAAAGUACAAACAAUCAAAGUCAACGACCCCAAAGGUUGUCUCCCAAAACGUUACUUAGAAAAUAAUUUCAACCUUUCCGGUUCACCUUUUAAAUUAAACCCGCAAAUUUACAGCAGCGAUGAAGAAGAACAUGAUUCGGACAUGUUGGUUUUUGUUUCAUGGGGAGAGCCUAUUGAGGAUACAACGUUGUCUGAAACAUGUGAGGUGAUUUCAAGAGGCCUUGUUCCGUUACGGUGGAUGGAUUUAACUAUGUGGCCUUUUUGGGUUGAUCUUAAUCAUGAUGUUGAGUUGGUUUGGAACAAACCUGGAUGUGAGAAAUGUGCACUUAAUGGUCAAGUUUGUGGAUUCUCUAUGUCUGAUGAUAAGAUAAAUGGUCUUCAAGUUGAAUGCUUCCCUAAUCCUUCCAAUAGAGGUUUGUCUACAAGUGCCAAAUACUCCAUAUCAAUAGGAUUGGGACUACCAGGACUUCUAUGUCUAGUUAUAAUUUUCUGCUUUAUACGUGGUAAGAUGAGGAGAAUCUCACCUCAUAAUCAAAGAAGCUCAAAUCAUCCUUCAAGUACAAUUUCCUUAGAACCACUUCCUUCUUUUGUAACUGGCCUCGAUGGUGCAACUAUUGAGAAGUAUCCUAAAAUUCUCAUUGGAGAGAGUGGACGUUUGUUGAAGCCUAGUGACAAUACUUGCUCAAUUUGUCUAUCUGAAUAUGAACCUAAAGAGACAUUGAGAAGUAUCCCUGAAUGCAACCAUUAUUUUCAUGCUGCUUGUAUUGAUGAGUGGCUUAAAAUGAAUGGCACUUGCCCUAUAUGUAGGAAUUCACCAGAGGCAUAUUCUUCUACGACUCCUUUUUUUUCUUCAUUGUUAUUAUCCCCAAACUCUUCACCAUUGACAUCUUCACGAUGA